UAUUGAUAAGACAUAAAACAUUUCCAAGUAUAACUGGGAUAAACAUUGAAGUGUUAACUUUUAAUGGUUGUCGAACUUGCAUCACACUGCUUGCAUAUACAUGUCGUCAUCCAUAAAACGCGUGAUAUUCUGACGUUGUCACAGGAACGAUAUAUCAUUAACAUAAAUAUGAUUAAAACGUCGACUUCGUAAAAUUGUAAUAGUGGAAUUUCACAAUUAAGUCGCAAAUAUGCAUCGGUGCAUAGCAGUGAUGUUAGUACAGUACACGGAAAUAAGUUGCAUCCUGUAGGCUAAGUCUUUUUAAGGUUAUGCCACGGUUGGAAAGAGGUUAGAAUAUUUUUAUAAGAACAAAUACGUGUCAAUGCGAGUAACAAUUGGCACGGAUAGACAUUUUUCCGAGUCAUGGUCGAGGAAGAUAUUAUUGCUAAUGCAUCGCCGUACGAUUAUCAUGCGGUGAAUGCAGAGAAUGCACAAAACACUUCUAGAGAAAAACGAAUACAAGGUACAAUACUAUCGGACGUUAGGAUGGUCAGCAGGAAUGAUUGGAUAACAAUCUUUGUAUUGUGUUUUAUCAACCUUAUAAAUUACAUGGAUCGUUUUACGAUCGCCGGAGUAUUGACAAAUAUUAAAAAUGAUUUCGAUAUUGGCAAUGAUAUGUCCGGAUUACUACAGACUGCAUUCAUCUUAAGCUACAUGAUAUUUGCACCACUGUUUGGAUACUUGGGUGAUCGUUACAACAGAAAAGUUAUAAUGAGCAGUGGUGUGUUUAUAUGGUGUUUAACAACAUUCAUUGGUUCUUACAUGAAGUCAUUCGGAUGGUUUCUCCUAUUCAGAGCCUUUGUUGGAAUAGGUGAAGCCAGUUAUUCCACAAUUGCUCCAACAAUAAUAAGUGAUUUGUUUGUUAAAGAUGUACGUUCUAAAAUGCUUGCACUGUUUUAUUUUGCAAUACCGGUUGGAAGCGGGUUAGGAUAUAUAGUCGGUGGCGAAACAGCGAGAGCUACCGGUGCAUGGCAAUGGGGUUUACGCGUCACUCCAGCUUUAGGUAUCAUCGCAAUUAUUUUACUUCUUACAGUAGUAAGAGAUCCAAUCAGAGGAGAAAGAGAAGGAGGAGCCCAUUUGACAAGCACUUCAUGGUCAAGUGACAUCAAAGCAUUAUUAAAAAAUCCUAGUUUUAUGUUUUCUACUGCUGGCUUCACAUGUGUAGCUUUUGUUGCUGGAGCAUUGGCUUGGUGGGCUCCAACAUUUUUACAGCUGGGAUUUAAAUUACAUCCUAAUGCACACAAUGUUGAUCCAGAUGAUGUUGCGUACAAAUUCGGAUUAAUAGGAAUGGCAGCUGGUUUAAUAGGAGUACCAUUAGGUUCAUACCUAGCUCAAAGACUAAGAGUAUAUUGGCAUCAAGCUGAUCCUCUAAUAUGUGCUGCUGGACUUCUUAUUAGUGUACCAUUACUGUUCUUUGCAACUUUAACUGCCAAUACAAAUUCUGUUGUAUGUUAUAUAUUAGUAUUCCUUGGACAGUUAUCAUUAAAUUUAAAUUGGUCUAUUGUUGCAGACAUAUUAUUGUAUGUAGUGAUUCCAACAAGAAGAUCUACAGCAGAAGCUUUCCAGAUACUUAUAGCUCAUGCUUUUGGAGAUGCAGGAAGUCCUUAUCUUAUUGGUUUGUUGUCAGAAGGACUGAAAAAAGUUCUUCUUCCAGGCUCGAGUAUAUCCGAAAAAUCGACACCAUACGAUCUUGAAAACACGCUUAUCGAGUUUCGAAGUUUACAAUACGCUUUAUUUCUGACCAUGUUCGUAGAAGUCAUUGGAAGCCUGUUUUUCUUCCUUACAGCAUUGUAUAUACAAAAGGACAAAGCACUAGCAGAACUAACCAUCUCAGUGUAUCAACUGUUCGCAAGUUUGAAGUUAAAUGGGGAGAUGUUAAGGCCAAAAAAAAAUAUCUAGAUUCUAAGAAUAAUGGGCAAGCUGAAUCAACACGUUUAUAAAUCACAUCACUGGGCCUUUCCUGAUAGUAAGCUGUAAACCCGGUGGAAACAUUUCAGAUUCAAUGUACAUAUGUAAUGAUGAAGUUGAAAAUGAAUUACAAGAUGAUAUGCACAAACCAUGAUGAGAAUAUUAGAGAUUUUCUGAUGAUUAAUUACAAGUGAAAUGUGUAUAAUAGUGCAGUGCAUCUAUAAUGGCAACAAAUAUUAACUGAUCAGGAAAAGAGUGUGUUGGAUCCACAAUAAGAAAUUAUUGCAUCAAUAAUAUUGACAAAAAAAUUAAAGUGUUCUGGAUACAGAACAUUUAUAGUGAAGAAAACUUCAAAGGACAUUGUGAAUUAGUAACAUGCUCAAGGAGGUAUUCUGUUAAUAAUGUACAGAAGUAUUAGGCUUGAUGGUAUAUCUAUUUAUAUAAGAUAAAGUUAGCCAAUAGGUGCGAGUAUUAUAGCACUUUUACAUAUUAUAUUUUUAUAGUAGGUUUCUUUUAACAAAAAUACAUUAUUCUCAUGUGGUAUGUAAAAUAUUUAUCAGACGCAUCUUGUAGCAUCAUUAAAACUUUGUUGAAUACUUUGAUAUUUAUAAAAUUCAUAACUUCAUCUAGUAAUAGUUGCAGUUUAGUAAUUUAUGUGCCUUAUGUAUUAGAUGGAACAAUAUAACAUUUUUGUUUAUUGAAAGAGUACAUGGGGUAAAUGGUGAAAAACAUGCAAAUAUUUGUUCGAAAAAAUUGAUAAUAAAAUUAGUUUUCUAUUGAAAUGAAUUUUAUGUACAAAAUAAAAAUUCAGAGUAACCUAACUCUAAUAAAAAA